AUGUCUGAUAGAUCUUGGUGUGAGCAUAGCGAAAGGGCCAAUGAAGUUAGAAGUGAAGUUCAGGGGAAUAAUAAGGUGUCUAUGAAGAGUUUGCUGUUAUUACUUUCGAUCAAUCUGGUAUACUUCGUCCAUGUUGCCAAUGUCGUUGGAUCUGGUGCCUUGACCAGAGACAUCUCCGCUGUUGUUGGCGGCGCCCACGAUUCUGUCUGGUACAGUGAAGUGAUCGCAAUCUUGACAGCCCUUCUUGGCAUUCCUGCUUCUCAAGCCGCCGAUCUCUGGGGUCGCAAGACGAUACUCGUUUGCUUAACGAGCUGUGGCUUUUUCGGGUCUCUCACUAUCGCUAAAGCUUCAUCUUCCGGUACAGCCAUCGCUGGAUUUGCCGUUUUAGGCAUCUCAUUCGGUGCGCAGCCGCUUCUCCAUGCCAUUUCUUCUGAGGUCGUUGCUCGCAAGUAUCGUCCUUGGGCACAGGGCAGUAUCAAUGUAUCAGCUUCUCUGGGAGCCAUUGUCGGCCUUUUGAUUGGUGGCGUGUUGACUAGACAUGAGCAUCAUGAUGGCUUCCGGGCCUACUGGUAUAUGGUUGCUGGCAUAUAUGCAGUUGCGACAGUCGCAUGUCAAUUCUUUUACAACCCGCCUCCGAGAGCCUUGGAAAUUGUUCUCACCGUAUCAGAGAAAAUGCGUAACCUGGACUGGGUCGGGUACGGCUUCUUGACUCCUGCGCUUGUCCUCUUCUGCAUGUCUCUCGCUUGGAGUGGGAACCCAUAUUCAUGGACAGACGCCCAUGUACUGGCCACAUUUCUCAUUGGUGUACUUUCGGGAGUGGCCCUUAUCGUCUAUGAGACAUCGAUCAAAAAGAACGGCAUGUUUCAUCAUCGUCUCUUUCGCGAUCGGAACUUUGCACUAGCUUUGGGUUGCAUCUUUGCCGAGGGCAUGGCAUUCCACUGUGGCAACAACUAUUUCGCCUUUGAAGUCAGUGUUCUCUUUGCAACCGAUAAUCUUAUCAUUGGGGCCCAGUACAGCAUGGCCUUCAUAGCUCUGGGUAUUUCUGCCAUCGUGAGCGGUAUAUGGUGCUCCAUCAGUAAGGCUUUGCGUUUCCCGAUUAUCCUGGCCUUUGGCUUCAAGAUCCUGUUUAUGGUCCUGAUGGCUACUGUCUCCAAGUCCACACCUCAAGCCCUCAUCUGGAUAUACCCCAUAACUCUAGGUCUCGGAUUGGGUGUUUGCAUGCCAGCGCUGAUUACAGUAGCUCAUUUUGCAACACCUCGAGAAUUGAUCGCGAUUACAUCCGGUCUUAUGAUCUCUAUCAGAAGUUUGGGAGGAUCUAUUGGGUUGGCCGUAUUCAACGCUAUCUUCUCUAAUGGGCUCUCAUCCAACUUGGCACCCAAGAUAUCUCAUGCCGUCUUGCCACUUGGCUUCCCCGAAAGGGAGUUGCCUCAACUCAUACCCGCCCUUGCCCAUAACGAUACAGUGGCGCUCAAACAGAUUCACGGCAUUUCUCCAGAAAUAAUUCACGCCGGGGUCGAUGGCCUUCUGGAAGCUUACCGUGUAAGCUUUCGCGGUGUCUGGUUGACCACUGCGAGUCUAUGUCUCGUCGCUAGCAUCGCCGGUUUCUUUCUACGCGAUCCCACUGAGAAGUUUACUUCCCAGAUCGACGCGCCCAUUGCACUGGAUACAGAGGUUGUAGAGAUCGAGAAGAGGACAAAGAUUCCAGGCGAUUCUGCUUAG